GCGAAGGCCUCUGCCACCAACGGCCACAACCCCCCAAUGACCUCCUUAUUGAGGACAACGAGUCUCCUCAAGAAUUCCUUCCGAUGCACACACUACUUCAGCAACGUGAAUCAAGCUAACAAAACCAGAUUCAUAUGGACGGCAACGAAUAGCACUCACAAACAGCCUGUUUCUUCGUUCCCUGCGACUGCGAAGUUUACAUCUGAUCGGAAAAUAUCAAGCUUGCUUUCGCGAAAAAAAGUUGCUUCGCCUUUGGGAACGUGUUUUUCUUCACAUCAAGCACCACCAUUACCAGACACGGACGUUCCGUCCGUACUAGCCUCCAAGUCUGUCGGUAUAUGGCUGAUGGUAUCGUCGGCUUUGGUUUACGCCAUUAUAGUCGUGGGCGGUAUCACUCGACUGACGGAAUCAGGCCUCAGCAUAACGGAAUGGAAGCCCAUCACUGGAGUCUUACCACCAUUAACGCAGCACGAAUGGGAGGAGGAAUUCACAAAAUACAAGGCGACUCCGGAAUUUAAACUGUUAAAUCAUCGGUUUGAGUUAGAAGACUUCAAACAAAUCUUCUUCUGGGAAUGGGGACACCGCGUCUUAGGACGGGUAAUCGGUGUCGCUUUCGUCGGCCCAUUGGCUUAUUUUGCACUUAAGAAACGCAUACCUAAGCCGCUAGCCACGAGACUUGGGAUACUGGGUCUCCUGAUUGGUGCUCAGGGAGCACUGGGAUGGUACAUGGUCAAGUCUGGUUUAGCAGAUUCUCUCAUGGAAACCCCUGGUGCUGUUCCUCGCGUCUCGCAAUAUCGUCUGGCUUCACACCUUGGCUUGGCAUUCCUCCUUUACGCCGGAAUGUUCGGCACAGGGAUUUCUAUUCUCAAGGAAAACAAAUUUGUGCAGAGCACCGUUGACAAGUGGAUGGGCAUGACUGCCUCUGGGUUCAACGAGGCCCUGAAGAAGAUGCCUGUCCAGGCGUUCCGAGCCCGUGCAUGGGUACUGACUACACUCGUGUUUGUCACUGCCAUAUCUGGUGCAUUUGUCGCUGGCUUAGACGCAGGCCUGUUGUACAACGAAUUUCCUCUCAUGGGUGGAAGAUUAGCUCCCCCGAAGGAUGAGCUCAUGUCACCCGCAUAUGCCAAAAAAGCUGAUGGUUCCGACCAGUGGUGGCGAAACAUCUUUGAAAACCCGGUUACGGUGCAAUUUGAUCAUCGGGUAUUGGCCAUGUCUUCGUAUCUCGGUGUAUCUCUUUUAUUUUUACGAGCUCGCGGCCUACGCCAUGUUCUUCCCCCUACGACAUUGCGAUCCAUGAACAUCGCUCUGGCGAUGGUCAACAUACAAUUUCUACUCGGGAUCACAACGCUACUCCAUUUGGUACCAGUUCCGCUAGCUGCUGCACAUCAAGCGGGUAGUGUUGCCCUUCUGACCGCCAUGAUCCAUGUUCUAAUAUCACUGCGAAGACCAUCCGCAGCCGCUCAAGCCUGGAGAGCACUUCGAAAUAUGAAAAGGAGUCCGACAACACAAUUAUAGAGCAGUAAUGAAAAAGAUAUCAUACACACUAAAUUUAAUCCUUGCACUUCACCACUCACUUGUAUCAAUCUAAGGACUUAAUGAGUUU